AUGAUUUACGGCAAUCGAUCGAUAUACGACAGAGGUCUGAGGACACAUCAAGAGCACGCGCGCCGAUUUGGGUACCCGGUCUCUGUUCUUCGAAAACCCAUCAUGAGCGGCACAUACAGCAAGUGUGCUAUUCUUCUUUCUGAAAUGCUACGAGAGCUAGAAAAGCCUCCAGGUGAGAGACUUGAAUGGCUGUUUUGGUUUGACAGCGAUUCGGUUCUCAUGAAUGCGAAUAUGCCUCUCGAGGUCUUUCUGCCUCCGCCGCGGCUUUCAGAGGUCCAUCUCUUGCUCACCAAAGAUUGGAAUGGGCUUAAUAACGGUGUCUACUUUAUUCGCGUGAACGAAUGGUCGGUGAGACUGAUUUCUGCGACGAUAUCAUACCAUGUCUUGAAUCCCGAUGUGCCUCUCGCCUGGCAAGAUCAAUCUGCCCUGAAAAUGCUUGUUGAUGAGCACGAAUAUUUCAGCAAACAUGUUGUUUACUGCCCGUUGCGGUGGUUCAAUGCGUAUAUGAGGUCACCGGACGCUUUGCAGCCAAAUCCAGACUCACCCGACCAUCUCCAGGUCCACCCCGGGGAUCUGCUGGUGCACUUUCCGGGAACUCCGAGUGAACACUUGGACCAAACACUUUCACCAUAUUUGGAAAUUGCAGAAAAUCACGUCUCCGAGUGGGAGCCACCUCUGGAGCAAACGGGAUAUACCGAAAUAACAAAAGAUUUCUGGGACCAGAUUAAUUGA